AUGAGCAACCAAGAAGAACGACGGAAGCGAUUCCAGACCUCCAGUGCAUCUAGAACCGUAUGCUAUGGACUGAAUAUUUGUGUCCCCGACCCUGGUGUAAUGGUGUUAAGAGCGAUCUAUAACUACAAUGCCUCUCAAGAUGUGGAGCUCUCCUUGGAGAUCGGAGACACAGUUCACAUCCUGGAGAUGUAUGAGGGUUGGUACAGAGGAUAUACCCUCCACAAUAAAUCGAAAAAGGGGAUUUUCCCUGAAACGUAUAUCCAUUUGAAGGAGGCAACCGUGGAAGACCGAGGGCAGCACGAGACCGUGAUCCCUGGUGAGCUCCCACUGGUGCAGGAGCUCACGUCGACCCUGCGAGAAUGGGCUGUCAUCUGGCGCAAGCUCUAUGUGAACAACAAGGUCACACUUUUCCGCCAGCUGCAGCAGAUGACCUAUAGCCUGAUUGAGUGGCGGUCCCAGAUCCUGUCUGGAACGCUCCCCAAGGAUGAACUGGCAGAGCUCAAGAAGAAGGUCACAGCCAAAAUUGAUCACGGGAACAGAAUGCUGGGAUUAGAUCUGGUGGUGAGAGAUGACAACGGGAACAUCUUGGACCCAGAUGAAACCAGCACCAUCGCCCUCUUCAGGGCCCAUGAAGUGGCCUCAAAAAGGAUCGAGGAAAAGAUCCAAGAAGAAAAGUCGGUUCUUCAGAACCUGGACUUGCGGGGCCAGUCUGUCUUCAGCGCUGUCCAUACCUACGGCCUCUACGUGAACUUCAAGAACUUCGUCUGCAACAUUGGGGAGGACGCCGAGUUGUUCAUGGCCCUCUAUGACCCGGACCAGUCCACCUUCAUCAGUGAGAAUUACCUAAUUCGUUGGGGCAGUAAUGGGAUGCCCAAGGAAAUAGAGAAGCUUAAUAACCUUCAAGCAGUUUUUACUGACCUCAGCAGCACAGACCUCAUCCGGCCCCGCAUCAGCCUCGUGUGCCAGAUUGUCCGGGUGGGCCACAUGGAGCUGAAGGAGGGCAAAAAGCAUACCUGUGGGCUCCGAAGACCUUUUGGAGUAGCAGUGAUGGAUAUUACUGAUAUUAUACAUGGGAAGGUGGAUGAUGAAGAAAAGCAGCAUUUUAUCCCCUUUCAGCAAAUUGCAAUGGAAACCUAUAUCCGGCAGAGGCAGCUAAUCAUGUCGCCCCUGAUAACAUCCCAUGUGAUUGGGGAGAAUGAGCCACUCACUUCAGUCUUGAAUAAAGUGAUAGCAGCGAAGGAAGUGAAUCACAAAGGACAAGGGCUUUGGAUAUCUUUGAAGCUGUUGCCAGGUGACCUCACCCAGGUUCAGAAGAAUUUUUCACAUCUGGUGGAUAGAUCAACUGCGAUCGCCCGAAAAAUGGGCUUUCCCGAAAUAAUACUUCCAGGCGACGUACGGAAUGAUAUUUAUGUCACCCUGAUCCACGGCGAGUUUGACAAAGGGAAAAAGAAGACACCGAAGAACGUGGAGGUGACCAUGUCUGUGUACGACGAGGAGGGCAAACUCUUAGAGAAAGCCAUUCAUCCUGGUGCUGGAUAUGAAGGCAUUUCCGAGUACAAGUCAGUGGUCUAUUACCAAGUCAAGCAGCCCUCUUGGUAUGAGACUGUCAAGGUAUCCAUUGCUAUAGAAGAGGUUACUCGCUGCCAUAUAAGAUUUACCUUCCGACACAGAUCAUCUCAGGAAUCCAGAGAUAAAUCAGAGCGAGCCUUUGGGGUGGCCUUCGUGAAACUGAUGAACCCGGAUGGCACCACGCUGCAGGAUGGGAGGCACGAUCUGGUGGUUUAUAAGGGUGACAACAAGAAAAUGGAAGAUGCUAAACUCUACCUGACCCUGCCUGGAACCAAGGUAGAGAUGGAAGAAAAAGAGCUCCAAGCAUCGAAAACCCUGGCCAACUUUGCCCCAACCAAGGAUAGCACAAAAGACAGCUUUCAGAUUGCCACCCUCAUUUGCUCCACAAAGCUCACCCAGAACGUUGACCUGUUGGGCUUGUUAAAUUGGCGUUCGAACUCCCAGAACAUUAAACACAACUUGAAGAAGUUAAUGGAGGUGGAUGGCAGUGAGAUUGUUAAGUUUUUGCAAGAUACGCUAGAUGCACUUUUUAACAUAAUGAUGGAAAUGUCGGACAACUUAACCUGCCUAAUUUCCCAGUUUGAUGCACUGGUAUUUAUUAUUUCACUGAUUGGAGACAUCAAGUUCCAGCAUUUUAAUCCUGUCCUUGAAACCUACAUUUACAAGCACUUCAGUGCCACUUUGGCAUACGUGAAACUCUCCAAGGUACUGAACUUCUAUGUGGCUAAUGCAGAGGACUCCAGCAAGACAGAAUUGCUUUUUGCUGCUUUGAAAGCCCUAAAGUACUUGUUUAGGUUCAUCAUCCAAUCGAGAGUACUCUACUUGAGAUUUUAUGGCCAAAGCGAAGAUGGAGACGAAUUCAAUAAUUCAAUCCGCCAGUUGUUUUUCGCUUUCAAUACGCUAAUGGACAGGCCUCUGGAGGAAGCUGUCAAGAUCAAGGGAGCAGCUCUGAAGUACCUUCCCAGCAUAAUUAAUGACGUCAAACUUGUGUUCGAUCCUGUUGAGCUCAGCAUGCUCUUCUGCAAGUUCAUUCAGAGCAUUCCUGACAACCAGUUAGUUCGCCAGAAACUUAACUGCAUGACCAAGAUAGUGGAGAGCAAUCUUUUUCGGCAGUCGGAGUGCAGAGAUGUCCUGCUGCCACUGCUGAUCGACCAGCUCAGCGGCCAGUUAGAUGACAACUCCAGCAAGCCCGACCAUGAGGCCAGCUCGCAGCUUCUGAGCAACAUCCUGGAAGUGCUGGACAGGAAGGAUGUGGGUCCCACGGCGAUGCACGUCCAGCUGAUCAUGGAACGGCUGCUGAGAAGGAUCAACAGGACCGUGAUCGGGAUGAGCCGCCAGUCUCCGCAGAUCGGGGGUUUUGUGGCCUGUAUGAUUGCGAUUCUGCAGCAAAUGGACGACAGCCACUAUAGCCACUAUAUCAGCACUUUCAAAACCAGACAAGACAUCAUUGAUUUCCUCAUGGAAACUUUUAUCAUGUUCAAGGAUCUGAUUGGAAAGAAUGUCUACGCCAAAGACUGGAUGGUCAUGAAUAUGACACAGAGCAGGGUUUUCCUUCGUGCUAUAAAUCAGUUUACUGAGGUUCUCACAAAGUUCUUCAUGGAUCAGACAAGCUUUGAACUUCAGCUCUGGAACAAUUACUUCCAUUUGGCGGUAGCGUUUCUCACCCACGAGUCCCUUCAACUUGAAACCUUCUCUCAAGCCAAGCGCAACAAAAUUGUCAAAAAAUAUGGGGACAUGAGAAAGGAAAUCGGCUUUAGAAUCCGGGACAUGUGGUAUAACCUGGGUCCCCACAAAAUCAAAUUUAUCCCCUCCAUGGUGGGUCCCAUUCUGGAGGUCACACUGACCCCCGAAGUAGAGCUCCGGAAAGCCACCAUCCCCAUUUUCUUUGACAUGAUGCAGUGUGAGUUCAACUUCAGCGGAAACGGCAAUUUCCAUAUGUUUGAGAAUGAGCUGAUCACAAAGCUGGACCAAGAGGUAGAAGGGGGCAGAGGAGAUGAACAAUACAAGGUCCUUCUGGAAAAACUGCUCCUAGAACAUUGCCGGAAACAUAAAUACCUCUCCAGCUCUGGAGAAGUGUUUGCGCUCCUGGUCAGCAGCCUGUUGGAGAACCUCUUGGACUACAGAACCAUUAUCAUGCAUGACGAGAGCAAGGAGAACCGCAUGAGCUGUACCGUUAACGUGCUGAAUUUUUACAAAGAAAAGAAGAGAGAGGACAUAUACAUAAGGUACUUGUACAAGCUGCGGGAUUUGCACCGAGACUCAGAGAACUACACAGAAGCCGCCUACACGCUUCUCCUACAUGCUGAGCUUCUGCAGUGGUCUGACAAGCCCUGUGUACCCCAUUUGCUUCAGAGGGACAGUUACUAUGUUUAUACCCAGCAAGAGCUCAAAGAAAAGCUGUAUCAAGAGAUCAUUUCAUACUUUGACAAAGGCAAAAUGUGGGAGAAGGCCAUCAAACUGAGCAAAGAGUUGGCUGAGACCUACGAGAGCAAAGUAUUCGACUACGAGGGCCUUGGCAACCUGCUGAAAAAAAGAGCCUCGUUUUAUGAGAACAUCAUUAAGGCAAUGAGGCCUCAGCCUGAGUACUUUGCCGUUGGAUACUAUGGACAGGGCUUUCCUUCUUUCCUACGGAACAAAAUCUUUAUCUAUCGGGGAAAGGAGUACGAGAGGCGAGAAGACUUCAGCCUGAGGUUGCUGACGCAGUUCCCCAAUGCCGAGAAGAUGACCAGCACCACGCCCCCGGGAGAGGAAAUCAAGUCGUCCCCAAAACAGUACAUGCAGUGUUUCACCGUAAAGCCAGUGAUGAGCCUGCCUCCCAGCUACAAGGACAAACCAGUUCCAGAGCAGAUCUUAAACUACUACAGAGCCAAUGAAGUACAACAAUUCCAGUAUUCCCGGCCAUUCCGGAAAGGAGAAAAGGAUCCAGAUAAUGAAUUUGCUACCAUGUGGAUCGAAAGGACCACGUAUACGACUGCGUAUACCUUUCCUGGCAUCCUCAAGUGGUUUGAAGUCAAACAGAUUUCAACGGAAGAAAUCAGUCCCCUGGAGAAUGCCAUAGAAACCAUGGAACUCACCAAUGAGAAGAUCAGCAACUGUGUUCAACAACACGCCUGGGACCGUACCCUCUCUGUGCAUCCUCUCUCCAUGCUGCUCAGUGGCAUCGUAGACCCGGCUGUCAUGGGAGGAUACUCCAACUAUGAAAAGGCUUUUUUUACGGAGAAGUACUUGCAGGAACAUCCAGAAGACCAGGAGAAGAUUGAGCUGCUGAAGCGACUGAUAGCAUUACAGAUGCCCCUGCUGACGGAGGGGAUCCGCAUCCACGGGGAGAAGCUGACAGAGCAGCUGAAGCCACUGCAUGACCGGUUGUCGUCUUGUUUCCGGGAGCUCAAGGAGAAAGUGGAAAAGCUCUACGGCGUUAUAACACUGCCACCCAACUUGACUGAGCGGAAACAAAGCCGCACGGGAUCCAUUGUACUACCCUACAUCAUGUCGUCUACGCUGCGGAGAUUGUCCAUCACCUCGGUGACUUCCUCUGUGAUUUCCACCUCUUCUAACUCAUCUGAUAAUGCUCCUUCCAGACCGGGAUCUGAUGGGUCAGUCCUGGAGCCACUCUUGGAGCGCAGAGCUUCGUCAGGUGCCAGAGUUGAAGAUCUCCCCCUCAAAGAGGACACGGAGAACCGGAUCAGCAAGUUCAAGAGAAAAGACUGGAGCCUGAGCAAGUCCCAGGUCAUUGCAGAGAAAGCAUCAGAACCUGAUCUGAUGAGCCCAGCCAGAAAAGCACAAAGGCCAAAGAGUCUCCAGUUGUCGGACAAUCGGCUGACGCCAUUUCAUGGUUCUUCGCCUCCUCAGUCAACACCCUUGAGCCCGCCUCCACUCACUCCUAAAGCUACCAGGACCCUAAGCUCGCCAUCUUUGCAGACAGAUGGGCUGAUGACUACUGGUGUCCCGCCUCCCCCUCCCCCCAAAAGCAAGCCCUAUGAGAGCGGCCAGAGGAACUCCACAGAGAUUGCUCCCCCACUGCCCAUCAGAAGAGAAGCCAAAGUCCCACCCCCACCACCUCCAAAAACUCGGAAAUCUGGCUUGCUUUCUUCUGAGCCUGGAUCCCAAUAA